AUGAUAGUGGCUUCCACUGCUCUUUAUUCAUCAUAUAGUGAUGUAUAUGUCCUAACACCUGAAAACUUUGAUAAUGUAGUUUUAAAUAGUGACAAAGUUUGGGUAGUUCAGUUUUAUGCACCAUGGUGCAAGGGCUGUCAGAAGCUUGUACCCGAGUACUCGAAGGCAGCUCUUGCCCUUAGAGGAGUGGCACAGGUGGGGGCAGUAGACGCUAUUGAGCAUAAAUCUCUAAGCGAACAGUAUAAUGUGCAAGGAUACCCAACAAUUAAAAUAUUCAGUAUAGAUAAGAAAUCACCACAAGAUUUUAGUGGACCGAGAACUGCUCAAGGAAUUGUUGAAUCAGCAUUUUCUGCAGCAAAGAAUCUUGUUUUGAGCAAAUUAGGCGUUCACUCCAAAACUAAGAUUCUUUUUGACCCAAAUGCCAAUUCACAACAAUGA